CUUUGAAACGGCUUUGAAUUAUUAAAACAUGCACAUGUCAACACGAUCUACAGGCCUAUUUGUCACUUAUAAUACAUAAUACUACAAAAAGGGAGGUAGUAAAAGAAUGUUGGCCUAUAUACUUCUGGGUUCUGUUUUACGCACAAUCUAGUGUAUUUUUAAAAUACUAUUAUAUUGAUAAGCAGACGAGUAAAUACUUUGGUCUAAUGAGUCAACUCAGUUCAAGUAUGCUAUUAUACAAUUCUUUCUGGUAAAGGAUAUCUAAAAAGAUCUGGAUAAAAUACUACACUCAAAAACGUCGUAAAUAAGCGAAGAAAAUGCUCCGGCUCCACCGGAUGAGACGUCUGUACAGGAAGCUUCCUCGUCUGGUCAGCGUCCGGCCGAAGUUCAGGAGACAAGCCAUUUUCAUCCUACGCGUUCUGGCUAUUGUGCUCCUGUGUCUUUUGACCCUGGCAUUCGUUACCCCUGCAAGAAACCUGGUCGGUUACUUCUUCAUCCCCGCCUCCUGGUUCCACCUCAGCUCUGGCCAGAUCAUUCAGAUGUUUUAUUUGGAGGAAGUCAGGUACCCAGUGGAACUGGGCGAGAAAAUAACGUGCGAGGCAAUAAAGGCCAAGAUAGAGUCAGUGGAUUGGACCAAACUUGUCUCCACACUGGACAGCCUCCCUGCUUACGAUGACCACUAUUUCUCCCAGCUUGUGGAGCAUGCUGAUGUGUAUGGAGUGUCCAAAGAAGACGUCAGUCUCAUUCAUAUGAAAUAUGCGCCCUUCAAGCCGCCCAUGUCCUCAGCGAUGCAACGCCAGCUUCGACUGACCUAUAAAAUCUUCCAUUUGGCUAUGACGACCUUCAACGUGACCUAUUUCUUGUGUGAGGGGACAAUGCUGGGAUCCUAUCGCCAUCACGGUUUCAUCCCUUGGGACGAUGACAUGGAUCUCUGCAUGAACGGAUCUGAUUGGUUGCGGGUAAAACAGAUACUUCAUUGUAUUCCAGACUACGACGUGGAUACAAGAAGCUACAUGAUGUACAAGUUUUUCUCUAAGAAAAACAAUCUUCUGAAAGGAGAUGACUUCCUUCGGACACCUUACAUCGACAUCUUCUUCUUCACGGAAAACGCCGAGUACAUCUGGGCGCUGUCGAGGAUCAAGAAGCACCGGAUAGUUUUCCGCAAGGAAGACAUCUUUCCGCUGACUUACCGGCCCUUUGAAGACAUCAUAGCGCCGGUGCCUAGGAAGGUGGAACACUUCUGUACGACCAUGUACGACCCCACCACCUGCGUCAGCAGAGAUUUUGACCACUUGAAGGAUCGGCCUUUAGUGCCGUUCUUGGAGUAUCAGUACACUCCUUGCGAUGUCUUCAAGAACAUUUACCCCUUUGUAGAGCGCAAAAAUUUCAUUCUUCAGGGAAAAAAUGUGACGAUAGAGUAUAAGCAGAUAGGGAAAAAAGUAUUGAGUAAUUAUACUGUGUAUCAUUAGCAGGAGCUAAAUAUGCCUCUUGAAAAAAGUGCCUUCUUUAACAUAGUUAAGGCCUCGUUGUGGACAUAAGGUCUUAUACUUUCCUACAUAAGUGCUUAGAGAAUGGCUUCAAAACAUGCAGCAUAACGUAUACCUGCCACCAGUUUGAGAUAUUACUUUCUAGUCGACCUGUCAAGAUGCUCAGAGUUUGAAGUGGCUGAUCUCACAAUACUCCAAGAGGUACAUUGACAAAUUGAAAUCUGAUGGUCAUUGUGCUGGCCACAUUACAUCUUUAUAAAAGAUCAACAGUAGAGGCUGGACAACUCUAGUCCACCCCCAAUAGUGACCUUAUGUUCGCAAAAGAGAACUCGAAGCCUAUUAUACAAAUUCGUAUCCACGUCCACAGCGUUUUGCCUCAAAACAUUUCGUAGCAUUGGAUCACAACAAGAGUUUAAUGUACGCUUAAUUGUUUGCGUGUUGAAAUAAAAAGUAGUGCAAUGAAAAUACUGGAAAUAUAUUACGACCUCUUAUUUCCUAAGCAUGUCCAAGGUGUUUGGAUACAUUUCUUGAAAUGUAGCCUAAGUGUAAACUAUUUUUGGAACGGAAAACACUUUCUAUAGCAGGCAUGUCAAACUCAUUACGGUGUAUGGGCCACAAAAAAUACUUACUAUGACCUGAGGGGCCGCAUCAAAAUUAUCAGUUGCAAUACAGCCUACUAGUUUUAUGUAAAUUAGAAACAAUACAAUAGAAUACAAUAAUUAAUGUCAUACCUGUCCCUUAUCUAAAUUUGGAAUACUAUUUGGUAAUUACAAAUUAUUAUGAUUCGGCAUUAUUUUCUUGGUCCUGAUGCUUUACAUCUUUUCUGGGAUACAAGUAUAUUGUCUUGUUGAAGUUUGUUUACCACUGACACUUUCAUCACUGACGACAAAUUUUGAUCAGAUAAUCUUGAACGGUGAGCUGAUUUGUAGCUUCAAUGAUGGAAAUAAAACUGCUCGCAGAGCUAAGUGCUUGCAAACAUAGCAAGAUAUCUGGCUGCAAAUUUACACAAUUCAAUGUACCGUUCAGGUAAAUAACUGCACAAUUUUGGCACCGCCACUUCUAUAUACUUCGAUUUCAACAAAGAAUCUAACUGCUAUUCUAUCAACUCUAGUUGCACAUUACCAGCAGCAUUUUCAGAAGCAAAUGAGAAUGGAGAUACAAACAACGAAAAUUCUUGCUCGUAUGAAAGGAAGUUCAUUGAAAGCAUCUACUAAUGAUUGCAGGUGUAGGACAUAUUUAUCAAAUGUUGUAGCCGUAUUUAAUCUUUUUAGUUCCUGACACGUUGAGAAGUGAACAAGAUUUGAUUUAUCCACAGUCGUAAUUUUGCUUGAAAGUACUUCACAUCAUCACACGCAGUUGUGACAAUUUUGUCUUAACUUUAAAGUUUCAAAUUCAAGUCUCGCAGGUGACCAGUGAGAUCAUCUGCAAAUACCAAAUCCUGAACACAUUCGUCAGUAUGGAAAUGUUCACCUUUUCUGUUCAGAAACAAUACAAUAAAUUUCUCAGGCAGUUCAAAAAAUUCUGCAAUACUUAAUGGCACAGAGCCAGCGGACUUCUGUGUAGUAAGGAAUACAAUCAAAUUCGUGUCCAAUAUCACCCAGAAACAUUGAAAAUUGGCGAUGAUUUAAAGUUUUUAAACCACGGGCACGAGAUCGACUGAAAACGGUCUUAUGACAUGUUAGAACUGUAAUUGCUUUGUGUAGAAUCUUUCUUGUUGAAUGAUUGCUCUGAAAAUGAGCAAAUUUAAAAUUAGCAUCAGUCUCACUUAUUUUUGCAAGUACUAGUAGCUUCGCAUCAAAACCAUUUCAUUACAUGGUUGGUGCGCCAUUCGUUGUUAGACUAGCUAGCUUUACCAAAGGUAAAUUGUACUGCUAUAUCAUCUCCUGUUAUUUUUCAAAAACAACCUCGCUUUUUUCGUGGUGUUAUGCAUAGAACAAGUAGCUCCUCAUGUAUUUCAAAAUUCCUGUCACAGGCCCUUAAGAAUAUAGCCAACUGUGCUACACCCGUUACAUCAGGUGACUCAUCGAGAGCCAAUGAAAAUAAUUCAAAAUCAACUAUUUUGUUCUUUAAUUGUUCACGCAAUCUGACUGACAAGUAAUUUAUUCUAUCUGCCUAGUUCCUAGUUAACGCUAUUUCUUUGAAUGCUUUCACCUUUUGCUGGACAAAUUACUUCGGCUUUAACGACACACUCCUUCAUAAAAUCACAUUCACUAAAUGAUUAGCUAUGGCUUGCAAUUAAGUUGGACAAAGUGUAGCUUGCUUUCACUGCAGACUCAAUCUCGUUGUUUAGUUUAACAAAUACUAAUUCAAGUAACUUGUCAUCUAUUAUUUUCCAGCGUAAUGAUAAUGUUUUAGGUGGCCAAGCGGGCCGCAUGCAAAGUGGUCGCGGGCCGCAUGCGGCCCCCAAACACCGUGUUUGACAUGCCUGUUCUAUAGCCUCGUUGUGAGAUUUCUUGCAUUCACGUGGAUUUCUUAUCUAGAUACUGUUACAUGAUAAAUGUAAUUAGUACCUGCAGUUUGACAUAUCACUAAAUCUACCAGGAAUUCAUUCAACCAGGCUUUGAGGUUGUUGCAACAGAUAUUGUUUUAGGGACAGGUUAUAAAUGAUAUUCAUACCCAUAACAUUUUCAUGUGAGUUUUUUUUUUAAAGAUUUUCUUAAUGAAUGUAUAUAUUUCAAACACAGAUCAAUCGUGUGGUUAUACUUAGAAAGACCUAAAACGUACUUUGUAAGUGCACGUUAUGCCACACCAUGGUGUUUAGGUAGAUACAAGUUUGGGCAGCAACUAAGUCAAACCCACGACAUUUCACUUGUAACAAUGCAGCUUGGAACAAUUACUGAAAAUACCAUUAUAGAAGAGGUAGAAAUACCUUCAAUUUGUUACACUCUAUUUAGACUUCGUGUUUUAUAUUUUUAACAGUAUCUUGAUACUACUUGGUUUCCUAUGAUUUUGAUGUAUUUAUAUUGAUGUUAAAUAUUUUUUAUCUUUUGUAUUGUUAUUUUUCUAUUGGCAACCGAAUUCACCAAAAAAAAAAAUACAAAUUUUAAACCUAAAGGUCGAGGUAGAGCUUCUUUUAUAACCUCCUGGAACAUAUUAUUUUUUUUUUAUCCCUAAAUGAAUUGCUGUAGGCGCGGUGGCUGUUCAGUAAAGCGAUUGGCUUCCGAAUCGGAGAUACCUGGUCCGAAUCCUGGUGAAGACUGGGAUUUUUAAUUUCGGGAUCUUUAGACGUCCAGCCAACUCUAAUGGGUACCUGACAUUAGUUGGGGAAAAGUAAAGGCGGUAGGUCGUUGUGUUGGCCACGUGACAUCCUUGUUAACUGUAGGCCACAGAAACAGAUGACAUUUACAUUUGCCCCUCUGACCACAAGCUCGGAAAGGGGAACUAACAAACUAUUUUUAAGUACAUAGAGAGUACCAAUACAGUCUUCCAGUUGAUGGGAAACUCGCAAGGGGAAAGAUAAUUAUAUAAAGACCGAUACAUUUUUCGGUACAUUCUUUUUGUUAAUACUUUUUUUUUUCAUUAUUGUUGCUUGUGCCUAAGUAUAUAAAUCUUAAGACUCUUAUCAUAAGGCCCGGCGUUGCAUGUAAAGAAGUAUCACCCCAAACACGUUCACUUGUUACACACGUUCUUCAUAACUUUAGUUCUUUAUAUUAUUGUAACUAUAAUCACUGUAGUCUACUUCCAUUUCUUGAACAGUUGCAGGUUCAAGCCUACUGCAGCUUGACUGCUUAGUUUUCCUGAACAGUUGCAGGUUCAAGCCUACUGCAGCUUGACUGCUUAGUUUUCCUGAACAGUUGCAGGUUCAAGCCUACUGCAGCUUGACUGCUUAGUUUUCCUGAACAGUUGCAGGUUCAAGCCUACUGCAGCUUGACUGCUUAGUUUUCCUGAACAGUUGCAGGUUCAAGCCUACUGCAGCUUGACUGCUUAGUUUUCCUGAACAGUUGCAGGUUCAAGCCUACUGCAGCUUGACUGCUUAGUUUUCCUGAACAGUUGCAGGUUCAAGCCUACUGCAGCUUGACUGCUUAGUUUUCCUGAACAGUUGCAGGUUCAAGCCUACUGCAGCUUGACUGCUUAGUUGUAGUAAUAAGAAUAUGUUUCACCGUGUCCUCCAUAAAAGACUCUUUCCUUCUAGUGCUGGUCCGUAUUCUGCAACGAGCGUUAAACUUAUCAUACUUUUAAUGUAGAAGAUGUUAGCGAUAUAAGCUAGAUGUAUUUAAUUAUAUCAUAAGCCUAAUUUCUCGUUCAAUAAGCACCCGAGUAAAAAUAUUCUAUGCUCUGUGUAUAUUCUAAACGAACUACAUUAUGAUUGAGUGAUUGCUUAUCCUUGGCUAGUGAUAUAGUUGUCCAUGAAUGUAUUGCCGAAACAAACUCGUCUAGAUUAUUUCGCAAUGGCUUAUUUGUUAUUUUUGUUAUUACCUGGUGCUGCUGUAUUUAUUACACCCAAAUUUAUUGUCCCCCCCCCUAAACAAAAUAUGAAGUGUUAUGUUGUCAACCUUUUAUGUUUUCUACAUCUAUACUGUAGACUGACUGACUGACUGUUCCCUAUUCAUGGGUCAUCCUUUCCAUCUUGUUCUAGGUGUAACCAAAUUUUAAGUUGUCAGCCUUUUGCUCGCUUCGCUUCUUGGACGCCCCCCCCCCCCCAUUCUUUCACUUAUGAUUUGAAAAUUGCUCAAAAGUAAAAUACGAAAUCCUCAUACAACAAACUAGAUACCUUUGAAAAAACAAAUCAAUCAUGGAAUCCAAUCGAAUCCCAAAGAUCCCUUGAACUGCUUCAACAAAUUUCUUUCCACAAAGUAUGUGACCAUGACCUGGCUGGGUCACAUCUAUACGAAAUGCCCGUGCCUAUGCGGAAAGGCCUACCACUCCCGCUACUAAUGGCGUUCCCUUGUGGAAAGGUUUGGAAGCUAUAUUGGACUGGGUACACCAUCGAACGAGGCGCAGAAUAUUUGUCGUUUAAAGACUUUACCUCAAGUCUACAACUGCCCAAAAUGAAGAUAUUUGUUUCAAAAACUCUUACCAUGAAAAAUGACUUGAGGCUUUGCCCAAUUUAAAGAAGUCAAUACAUUUUCAAUCUCUUUUAACGAGAGACAUCGACGUGGCUUUUCACACCUGUGACAGAAAAUGAAGCCAACCAUUCAGCGGGUCUAACAUUUCAGCAGACAUUAGGUGGACUGGAAAUUUCAAAUUUUUGGGGGGAAACAGAUUGGUGAAGUAGUUCUUCUAAUAGAUGCUGGAAACUUAUCUUGAAAAGAUGUGUGUUGUUUUUGUACCGGUAUAUAGUUGAUAGGUUGUUUCUUGCUGUAAGAUUUAUAGAUACUAAAAGUCUCGGAAAUUUAGUUUAAAGUUUGAUGUUUGUUUCCUUUAAGACAUUAGAGUUUCAUUUAACAUUGUCUGUAUAGAAAUUUAGUAAUUCAAACUACUAUCUAUUGGUGAAUGUAAAAGUUGCAGUUAUUGGACUAGCUAGGCUAGCUCUUUCAAAUCUUAGACUACAGAAUAAAGUUAACUUUGCAUGGGGAGGAGAAACAUUAGAAAACAAACAAAAACCUAACGCCGCCACCAUGGUAGCAAAUAUAAAUUUCCUACCGUAUUAUACCAUAUUAUGUAUGUAUAUAGGAUUAUAUAUAUAUUUUUAUUGUAUUCAACCACUUUCUUUACAUAUGUACAUCUAGUAACAUGUUUAUAUUUUUAAAUGUUUUGACCAUGUAGUUAAUGUCACAAAACAAGUUUGUAUUGCUUGAUGUUCAUGUUACUGACCAGUUCAGACACUACAAUCUAUGAUUGAUUGAAAUCUCAAAUGAUCAUAUAAAAAAAUAAAGAAUUUUUGGCACGUAUUUGUCCAAUAAGAGAUUAAAAUAAGCACGUAAUGUAUACUUUGCGUAAAUGAUUUUUUUCUAGAUUUACAUACAAACUUUCACUACGCAUGUAAAAUGUGUCAAAACUAUUUUCAUAUGUACUUUGAAAGAAAUACUUUCUAUUUCGUGUGAAUUUUAUUCUAGACACAAUAACUAAAAAUAUAACAAACUUAUGGAAACCCUUUUUGUCAAUUUCUUCGAAAGUUGGACAGCAGGAUGUAGAUUGCGUUGAUGUAGCAUUGUUUUAUUUAUGUGUGCCUGUGUGAUGAUAUACUUAGGCACUGCACUUGCUCAAAGCCUACUUAAAAAUUGUACUAUCUAAUUUGGUGGGAGGGGAUAUUCAUUUCUUCGAAAGUUAUAUAAUUGUACUAAAUGUUUUGUUUAAAGUAGAGAAAGUGCAAUAGUCUUCCAUUUUUGAAUUCUUUUGAUCUUGUUUCACGUGAUGUUAUAAUAUUUACAAGCAAUAUUUUUUAAAAACAAUAUUUCAUUGACUUGUUUAAGGCCAGUAGUUUUAGGGUAUUUUAAUUGCUAUGUAUGCUUCUUUCCUUACCAACUGUAAUCUAUAAGCCACUUCUAUAAAUACAUUUUAGCACACUUUUGCCACAAAUUCGUUGUUAUGGAAGAGUUUUAAGGCUUGUAGGCCCCCUGACUCUACCACUUGAACAGGGAUGACUAUGGAUGCUGUAGUCGCGUGACUCUACCACUUGAACAAGGAUGACUAUGGAUGCUGUAGUCGCGUGACUCUACCACUUGAACAGGGAUGACUAUAGAUGCUGUAGUCGCGUGACUCUACCACUUGAACAAGGAUGACUAUGGAUGCUGUAGUCGCGUGACUCUACCACUUGAACAGGGAUGACUAUGGAUGCUGUAGUCGCGUGACUCUACCACUUGAACAGGGAUGACUAUGGAUGCUGUAGUCGCGUGACUCUACCACUUGAACAGGGAUGACUAUGGAUGCUGUAGUCGCGUGACUCUACCACUUGAACAGGGAUGACUAUGGAUGCUGUAGUCGCGUGACUCUACCACUUGAACAGGGAUGACUAUGGAUGCUGUAGUCGCGUGACUCUACCACUUGAACAGGGAUGACUAUGGAUGCUGUAGUCGCGUGACUCUACCACUUGAACAAGGAUGACUAUGGAUGCUGUAGUCGCGUGACUCUACCACUUGAACAGGGAUGACUAUGGAUGCUGUAGUCGCGUGACUCUACCACUUGAACAGGGAUGACUAUGGAUGCUGUAGUCGCGUGACUCUACCACUUGAACAAGGAGGACUAUGGAUACUGUAGUCGCGUGACUCUACCACUUGAACAGGGAUGACUAUGGAUGCUGUAGUCGCGUGACUACGAACAGGGAUGAAUAUGGAUGCUGUAGUCGCGUGACUCUACCACUUGAACAGGGAUGACUAUGGAUGCUGUAGUCGCGUGACUCUACCACUUGAACAAGGAUGACUAUGGAUGCUGUAGUCGCGUGACUACGAACAGGGAUGACUAUGGAUGCUGUAGUCGCGUGACUCUACCACUUGAACAGGGAUGACUAUGGAUGCUGUAGUCGCGUGACUCUACCACUUGAACAGGGAUGACUAUGGAUGCUGUAGUCGCGUGACUCUACCACUUGAACAGGGAUGACUAUGGAUGCUGUAGUCGCGUGACUUUACCACUUGAACAGGGAUGACUAUGGAUGCUGUAGUCGCGUGACUCUACCACUUGAACAGGGAUGACUAUGGAUGCUGUAGUCGCGUGACUCUACCACUUGAACAGGGAUGACUAUGGAUGCUGUAGUCGCGUGACUCUACCACUUGAACAGGGAUGACUAUGGAUGCUGUAGUCGCGUGACUCUACCACUUGAACAGGGAUGACUAUGGAUGAUGUAGUCGCGUGACUACGAACAGGGAUGACUAUGGAUGCUGUAGUCGCGUGACUCUACCACUUGAACAGGGAUGACUAUGGAUGCUGUAGUCGCGUGACUCUACCACUUGAACAGGGAUGAGUAUGGAUGCUGUAGUCGCGUGACUCUACCACUUGAAUAGGGAUGACUAUGGAUGCUGUAGUCGCGUGACUCUACGAACAGGGAUGACUAUGGAUGCUGUAGGCGCGGUGGCUGAUCGGUGUUGUCGAUAACGCCCGCCCAGUUAAACUUCCACUGCUCUGUAGUAAAUCUAGGUAAGCCCUCAACGAAAGGAGGUAAUGUAGACGAUGAAUUUAUUUACAGUUAUAAAAUAUACAGUGAGAGAUGGAGUCUUGUCUUAAGUUCUACAUGUCUUUUUCUACCUAAACAUGAGCACAGAUCACUGAUACACUUCCCAGUGUCGCUCCAGCUCCUCAAUACAGUUCACUGGUAGCACGAAGGACGUCUCAUAGUCCCAGACAGCUCAGACUCAUAUAGCUUACACUACAAAUGACUUCAGCCGGAUCUAAACAGUCCAUCCUUUAGGAUCGAUCUGUCGUAUAUCCCUCGUGUUGAACGGUGUGCUGGUGCGCACCAUCAGUGUCGGUGCGGGUGCAGGGUUAUAAUAGCUCGUUAAUUGUGCACUAAACUGUAUUUGAUACAUCUAAAACAUCCAUCAGAUAGUGCUUUUUUUUUUUACUCUUGUCAUCCAAUCCCUUUCUUAUUUCUAACACCCUUCUUUCAAGCCGUUUGGCAGUGUCGUCUUAAUCAAAGCCCUUGUAUCUAGCCCCGGUCGUCUUAAUCAAAGCCCUUGUAUCUAGCCCCGGUCGUCUAAAUCAAAGCCCUUGUAUCUAGCCCCGGUCGUCUUAAUCAAAGCCCUUGUAUCUAGCCCGGUCGUCCAAGUCAUUGUCCUAAUAUCUAGUACUGGUUGACCAAUCAAAUGUACUUACAUCUAGCACUGAUCGUGUUAAAUGUUACACACUCCUAUCGGAAACAGCCAAUCAGCUUUGGUUUCUAAACGUGCACUUCUUCAGCAGCUUGAUAUUCCCAUUUGUAACGUUUGUACAUUUUGUUUCAUGACAUUCACAUGAUAUUUUUUAUUUUUAAUCAAAUAGCAGUUUCGCUAAAAACCAACAUUUACCCUAUUUGUUUCGUUUUGUGUAUAUCAUUUUAAAAUUCCUACUUCUGACACCACAGUUAUUAACAGCACAUUUUAGACAUACUCUAAUUAACAUGAAUGUAACGCCAACUACGACAAAAAAAGCUUCAUACGGGACAUUGAAAGUAUCACUUAGAACAGAAAUGAUUUGUUUCAUACUUAUUGCAAGUAUCACUUAGAACAGAAAUGAUUUGUUUCGUACCUUAUUGCCAUUCCUACACGUGUAGAUUUGAGUAUUAUUUAUGUUUGUAUUUUAUGUUUCGAUAGCAGCUACAUUUUAUAUUUUACUGAAUAUUUAUAAUUAUGACUUUUUCUAUGAUUCGCUUAGAACGGGUUGAAGGAACACCUUGAUUUAUAGUUGGCAGCACAUGUUUGUAACUUGGUGUGAAAGUGGAAUGAUGCGAAUGAGUGUUGAAUGAGUGUUGAAU